AUGAUAAUUUCAUCCUUUCUGAAUCCUGAUCAUCAUCAUCAGGACUCCAACUCGGUUUUCCACUCCCUACGGAAUGCUUCUCAAUUAUUUUCAAAUUUCACAGCAAAUACUACAACAUUCACUGCUUCAUUAUUCGUUGCAGUAACAGCAGCAGCAGCAUCAUUAAUUUGGAAAUGGACUUGUCACAUUUCUUAUCCAACCAAUAAGAAGAAUGACUUUUUCAAUAAUUGUGUGGAGAAGGAUGAUGAUGAAUGUAUGAAAUUUGGAACAGACGAAGAACCUUUGUGUGAAUUGAACAAUUUUCAUGACUUUUUCGAUCAAAAUGCAACAACAACCAACCAAUUUGAAACAAGGAAAUUGCGCAAAAUUAUCAUCUUUUUAAUUCCAUCACUCUUUACAGAUCAUCGAAUUUUUAAUCAUCAAACAAAAGUUUUUGGAAAUUUAAUUGAAACGAUUGAUUUAGAAAAAUUGAAAGAAAUGGAAAAUUCCAAAUUGACCUUACACAGUUAUGCUCAACAACUUGCUCGUCAAAUGAACACUAUUUGUAGUGAAGAAAUUAAGAAUAAUUCUGUUUUUGAAGGAUUUCUUGUGGGUGGAUUUUGUGUGGGUGGAAUGAUCUCAAUUCUUCUCGCUCAGGAAUUGUUAAAAAGUUCAACAAAUCCAAAAAUGUUAAAAGGAAUUUUACUCAUUGGAAGUUGUCCUUCAUUUACUCACUGUGUCGAUCUAUAUUACAUGAACUUGAAACGAAUGGUCAUGAAUUAUCUUCCCACUUUUAUAUUUGAAUUGAUUGUGAAAAUUUAUUUAUGGUCCAAUAGUGCUGUGAGUGCGUGGAUGGAGAAAAGUGUGUUGAGAAGUUUGUGGAAUCAAGACCAAAAGGUAAUGGAGGAAUAUCAGAGCUUGUUGAAGAACAUGAUGGUGGAUAAGGAUCCUGAGUUUGUCAUUCAAAUGUUGAAGGCUGAAUUUAAUUUUAGUUCUGAAGAGGGACAAGAGGAUCAUGUGAAAUGGACCAUUUUCACUGAGAAUCAAAUUCCAAUCUUUCAUAUACACGGAGAUCACGACUAUUUGAUUCAAUCCUCUCUCUGUGAAAAGACACUUUCUACCAUUAACACGUAA